CUGAGCGUGUCCCAUGCGUGUUGUGGUAAACACAAUCCGAGAUGCGUGUGCAUGCGUAGACGUGGUAAUGGAGGAUAGUGAGCUAUUCACUGGGGGCUUAGUUAGCAAGCUGUCUUCUUCACCGUAUGCCACUAUCUGUUCUUUCUAUUGACUGCGAGACAUCUGCAACGCAAAGGAAUACCGUCUUAACCAACUAAGAGGAGGUGGAGCCGCCAUUAAGUUUUGGGAUGGCGUCCGAUGUGAUUUCCCAAAACAAUGGUUCCAAGGGGAUCAUGACUUUUUACCCCACAACUGAGGAAUUCAAGAACUUCAGCCGCUACAUUGCAUAUGUGGAGUCCCAAGGAGCUCACAAAGCAGGCCUGGCUAAAAUUGUCCCACCAAAGGAAUGGAAACCCAGAAAGUCUUAUGACGAUAUAGACGAUUUGGUGAUCCCUGCACCCAUUCAGCAGGUGGUGACGGGUCAGUCGGGCCUUUUCACACAAUACAACAUCCAGAAGAAGUCCAUGACCGUGAGAGAGUUUCGCAAGAUUGCCAACAGUGACAAGUUCUGUAGUCCACAUUAUGAUGACUUUGAGGAGCUGGAAAGGAAAUACUGGAAGAACGUGACAUUUAACCCUCCCAUAUACGGGGCCGAUGUUAAUGGAUCUCUGUAUGGCCCUGACGUCAAAGAAUGGAACAUUUGCCAUCUGGACACUAUUUUGGAUACUGUGGAAUGUGAAAGCGGCAUCACUAUUGAGGGUGUUAAUACACCCUACUUGUAUUUUGGCAUGUGGAAGACCACCUUUGCAUGGCACACUGAGGACAUGGACCUCUACAGUAUCAACUACUUGCACUUUGGAGAGCCCAAAUCAUGGUACUGUGUUCCUCCAGAGCAUGGGAAACGAUUGGAGCGUUUGGCUAAAGGGUUCUUUCCUGGUAGUUCCCAAAAUUGCGAGGCUUUUUUAAGGCACAAGAUGACGCUCCUCUCUCCCUCUAUACUAAAGAAGUACGGCAUUCCCUUUGAAAAGAUUACUCAGGAGGCUGGUGAGUUCAUGGUAACUUUCCCCUAUGCCUAUCAUGCUGGUUUCAACCACGGUUUCAACUGUGCAGAAUCCACCAACUUCGCCACAGAGAGAUGGAUUGAGUACGGCAAGCAAGCUGUUUUGUGCUCCUGUCGUAAAGACAUGGUGAAGAUUUCUAUGGAUGUGUUUGUGAAGAAAUUCCAACCAGAUCGCUAUGAACAGUGGCUAGCAGGGCGAGAUGUGUCACCCAUUGACCACACACGGCCCACCCCAGAGGCGAAGGAGUUCCUAGGGGAUUCCUUUGACAUCAGUAACUCCACGGAGAGCUGUGGGGAUGAUGGGGAGCGAAAGAGCACUACACAGAGGAUAGAGACCAAGAGACACAGAGUCUGUCUGGAAGUACCUGAGGAGGUUGUUCCCAAGGAUGAAGAUGAGGACGAUGCGGAGCAGUAUGGGAAGCGUCCGAGGCUGAGCCUUAUACCUCCACGUACUACGUCACAAGAUGGCAAGAGAACUAAAGGUCCACCAAAGUUGGUUGUCACACCAACCAAGCUCACUUUAUUGGAUCCAUUUCAUAGGAGCCUAACCCAAAGUAACAGCGAUGUAGGGCGGCCCCCACAUUAUACCAAGACUCGUGCACCUGCGAUCUCGUCUCAGUCCCAGCUCAGAAACGGAUAUUUAUCAGUUUCAGCAGCACCUUCAUGGACUGAGGCCACUGCUCAGCCGGCCCGCAAAAUGGGGGUAGCCAGCCUGCUCUUCCACAGAACUCUGAGUCCAAAGGAAACUCUUCAGGUGCAAAGCUACACUAUAGAAAAGCAGCAGCGGCAGCAGCAGAAGCAGAAGCAGCAGCAGCAGCAGCAGUCUCAGACACAGCUGCAGGUUCACAGCUAUGCUAGAGCGCAUCAAGCCCGUCAUCUCCAGCACAAAACCUGUACAUUAUCACACACACAAGUUCAGUCCUCGCCACAGCCAGAAUCCAAGAUUAUUCUUACCAACGCAGCACUGAAUCAAUCGGAAGCAGAGAGUCUUGUAGAGCAGGGCCAAAAGGAGGACAAACCUGAAAUAUCGAUGCCCGCUGAGGCUCCAGCUGAAGUGAAGGAGCCUGAAGUUGAUUCCACCUGCAAUUCUGCUGCUGCUUGGCCACAAAUACAUCCCACAGAGACGAGCAAAACCGUGAGGGAGGCCCCAAAGAACAACAAGCGAAAGAGUAACCAAUCCCCCCUUGUGGAUAAUGGCAUUGUCAUCCUCAACGAAACCAUUCCUGUCAAGAAACCUGUCUUUGAUGAAGUGAAGGUGAUCCCUCAGAAUCAUCACCAGGUGUCAGAAGAGCAGUCAUACUGCAAGUCAGCUGUGAAGAAACAUCAGCAGCAGGCCCAGCUCUGCAAGCUGCCCCGUCAUCACCCUCUAAUCAGAGAGUUGCACAGUGACAAUGAAGAGUACAUAGACGAGGAGUUUGAGCAAGAGGAGAAAGAGGAGUGGGCAAAGCCUUUAACCCAGCUGUGGCAAUGUCGCCCAUAUAACCCUCAGGCAGAGAGAGAGUACAACAAGAGCAUGGGACAGCAGGCCCCCUACUGCUCCAUCUGCCUACUCUUCUACACCUACCAUCAGUCUGAAUCCAAUAGUGGGAGUUCCAGCGUGACGUUGGUGAACCGUCCAGGCGGCCGCCAUUGGUCCAAGCCACUCAUCCCUGAAAUGUGUUUCAACACCCAAUUUAGCAAGACAAAUGAUAACGGAGAGGGACAGCUGUCUAACCCUCAUGUUGCAGAGGACGGGACCAGCCGGCUGGUCAGCUGUGCUCAGUGCUGCGUCCGCGUACAUACAAGUUGCUACGGUGUGUCUGGGGAUGAAGCAGAACUUGACGACUGGUUGUGCGCCCGUUGUGAGGCCGAUGCCACCACAGAGGACUGCUGUCUGUGCUCCUUGAGAGGCGGCGCCCUGCAGAGAGCCAACAAUGACAAGUGGGUUCACGUGCUAUGUGCAAUCACUGUGCUGGAAGCUCGCUUUGUCAACAUCACUGAGCGUGGCCCCGUUGACCUCUCUGCAAUCCCACUGCCUCGGUUCAAACUGAAGUGUGCAUACUGCAGGAAACGGAUGAAGAGGGAGGUGAAUGGCUGCUGUGUCCAGUGCUCCCACGGGCGCUGCUCAACGGCGUUUCACCCCACCUGCGCUCAGGCAGCUGGAAUGCUGAUGCACCCAGAUGACUGGCCGUUCAUAGUCUUCAUCACCUGCCACAGACACAAAGCGCCCAGCAUACCAGAGCGCAACAAGGCUUCCAUGCGUGAGCUGGCAGUUGGGCAGAGGGUGAUAUGCAAAUACAAAAACGGCCGUUACUACCACAGCGAGGUGGUGGAGCUGACCACAGCCACCUUCUACGAGGUGGUGUUCGACGACGGCUCCUACAGCGACAACCUCUUGCCAGAAGACAUCGAGAACCGUGACUGCGUCCGGCUCGGUCCACCCGCUAACGGUGAUGCUGUUCAAGUGCGAUGGACAGAUGGGUUGAUAUAUGGAGCCAAGUUUAUUGCGUCGCACUCCAUCCCCAUGUACCUGGUGGAGUUUGAGGACGGAUCACAACUCACUGUCAAGCGAGAAGACAUCUACACUCUGGAUGAGAAUCUUCCCAAACGAGUCAAGUCACGACUGUCGGUGGCGUCAGACAUGCGUUUUGAGCUCUUCUCACAGACCGACGUCAAACCGAGCUCCAAAAGGCAAAGGGUGAUCAACUCUCGGUACAGAGAGGACUACAUCGAGCCCGUCAUUUACCGCGCCAUCAUGGAGUGACAUCCCUUUCCGUUUUCUCCAUCCUGCUCUCCACCUCAUCAACUCACCGCAGAGAGAUGCAGCUCCAGAUCUUUGUUUCUGGGUCUGGCCUCUCUGUUUCUGGCUACUGCUGAUAGGAAUGACCCCCUCCUCUUCCUCUUCUUCCACUGCCUGUCAGGCUACAUAUUUAUAAACUACGGCUGGGACUUUAAAUGACUUUUGUGUGCAUUAAAUAAUAUUCUUUGACCUGUCUUUCCCAUCACACUGUAGAUUGUUUUCUUCCUCCAGUUCAUUUAGUUUUUUCUUUUCUCAGGUAGAAGCCAUUAAUGGAUUAUUAAAUAUGGAAAAAGGAUGGACUAUCUGAUUGAGGCAAGAUAUAUUUUUUCUCGACCACCACAGUUACCAGCUGAAAAGGAAACUUUACACGUUAUACAAUGGGCAGUUGAUCUUAAUUGUGUGACAGUUCUUCUUUGAAUGACCGUUUGCUCUUGACAUACUGAUUUAUGUUAUUUUCAUAAUAAUUUAUCAUAUUUUGCAGUGAUAAAAAAUGAUGCUUGUGAAUGAGGAUUUAAAGGAAGCAUCAUUUUGGAUCAAUUUAAUUUAUGAGCCAAUCAGCUGUUGAUUACAAAAACAACUGGAUUCAUCUAGACCUGUGUUAAGUUUUUACCCCAAAGACAUGAAAUAAUAUCUCAAGGUCACCUUUUGACACAUCUUCAGGUUGUACCUAUGAAUCAUGUAAUGCGAUGCAUGUAUGAUUGAGGUAUUGCUUCUCAUUGGUGUGUCAACGUGCAUCUACUGUGAAGAUAGAAGAAAACUAGACAUGAUUCAAAGGCCCAAGCCUUACAUUUCAAAGGGCCACGCAUACCUUGUUUUUUGUAAAGCUUAAGGUUUAUUAUAACUAUUGUAAUUAAUUAUUAUUACACUUUAUUUAUGCGAGAGCACUGAGUUUAAGAACAAAGCUAUUUUUGUCAUGUCCUUUUCACAAUCUGAAGAAAACCUAAGAUGUAUUUAUAUUUAUUAUAUUGAUAGGUUUUCAUAUACCCUGUUUAAAUUUUCAACCUCUUCUCCUGUAUUGGGAUUGAAGGGUGUGAAUGCUAAUCUGAUUUAAAUCCUUCUCUAAACGAAAAGCACUUAUUUUUGCCUCCUGCCUCAGGAGGUUUACCAUUUUUUUCGACACAUGGCCACAACUAAGAUUUGAUUCUUUUUUUUUUUUUUAAAUGCUAGCUCUAGAGGUGAACAUUGUAACCAGGUUCUAGUUUGAUCACAAAUAAAUGAAAAAGCGGUAAGUGAAUCAU